CUUAUAAAAAACUGCCUGCAGUAGUUAAAAAAAACAUCUUGUCAACAAGUAGUUCAAUAAUUUGACGCAUCCGUUGCUACUUCAUAGUGGUCCAUUCCUUCCUUUCCUCAUGGCAAUGUACUGAAAGGUGACGUUAGAAAUCUUCAAGUUUUUAAGUUGACGAAUAUAGGAGAUAGGCAAUAUGUCGAAAAGAAAAGGAUUGGAAGAGUCCGAUAAACUGACUCGUAUUGCUAUCGUCAAUGCAGACAAAUGUAAACCCAAAAGAUGUAGGCAGGAAUGUAAGAAAUCCUGUCCUGUAGUUAGAUUGGGAAAACUUUGUAUUGAAGUUACACCUAGUAAUAAAAUUGCUACUAUUUCUGAAGAACUUUGCAUAGGUUGUGGUAUUUGCGUUAAAAAAUGCCCAUUUGAAGCCAUAGCUAUCAUUAAUUUGCCAAGUAAUUUGCAAAAAGAAACUACUCAUCGCUAUGGCAAGAACUCUUUCAAGCUACACAGACUGCCUAUACCUCGCCCAGGUGAAGUACUAGGAUUAGUAGGUACUAAUGGAAUAGGCAAAUCUACUGCCCUUAAAAUUCUGGCUGGUAAACAGAAACCAAACUUGGGAAGAUUUAUGGACCCUCCAGACUGGACUGAAAUCCUGAGUCACUUUAGGGGGAGUGAAUUACAAAACUAUUUCACAAAAAUUUUAGAGGAUGAUUUAAAAGCUUUGAUUAAACCUCAGUAUGUUGAUCAAAUUCCCAAAGCUGUUAAAGGCACAGUUGGUGCACUACUUGAAAGAAAACAUGAGUUAGAUAAUAUGAAUGAUAUAUGUAGAAUGUUAGAUCUAGCACACAUUAAAGAACGUGAGAUAUCUGCUUUAUCUGGAGGGGAGCUACAAAGAUUCGCUUGUGCUAUGGUGUGUAUCCAAAAUGGAGAUAUUUUUAUGUUUGAUGAACCUUCAUCAUAUUUAGAUGUAAAACAACGUCUCAAUGCAGCUAGAACGAUCCGUUCUUUGUUGCAUCCUAGCAAGUUUAUUAUUGUGGUAGAGCACGACUUGAGUGUCCUUGAUUACCUUUCUGAUUUUAUUUGCUGUCUUUAUGGAGUUCCUGGAGCUUAUGGUGUUGUUACAAUGCCUUUCUCAGUCCGUGAAGGUAUCAACAUAUUUUUGGACGGUUUUGUGCCAACCGAGAAUCUGCGCUUCCGGGACGAAUCUUUGGUGUUCAAGGUAGCUGAAUCAGCAAACGAAGAAGAAAUUAAACGUAUGAAUCACUAUGAAUAUCCGGCGAUGAGAAAAACAAUGGGUAACUUCGAACUUAAUGUUGUACAAGGACAGUUUUCGGAUUCGGAAAUUUUGGUUCUCCUAGGCGAAAAUGGGACCGGUAAAACUACGUUUAUUAGAAUGUUGGCUGGUAAUCUGGUGCCUGAUACUGGUUCAGAGGAUUUGCCUCAACUUCAUAUAAGUUAUAAGCCCCAAAAAAUUAGUCCCAAGUCACAAGGAUUAGUUAGGCAAUUACUACAUGAAAAAAUUCGGGAUGCCUAUAUUCAUCCACAGUUCAUAGCAGAUGUUAUGAAACCCUUGAAAAUUGAAGACAUAAUUGACCAAGAAGUUCAGAACUUGUCAGGAGGAGAAUUGCAGAGAGUAGCAAUGACACUGUGUCUAGGUAAACCCGCUGAUGUUUACCUAGUAGAUGAACCCAGUGCUUAUCUGGACUCUGAACAACGUUUGGUGGCUGCUAAAGUAAUAAAAAGAUUCAUUCUGCACGCAAAAAAGACGGGUUUCGUGGUCGAGCACGAUUUCAUCAUGGCAACCUAUUUGGCCGACCGUGUGAUUGUCUUUGAGGGUUCACCGUCUGUAAAAACCAUCGCAAAUACUCCGCAAAACCUGUUGGCUGGCAUGAAUCGUUUCUUGGAACUGCUGGGCAUCACUUUCCGGCGCGAUCCGAACAACUUCCGACCGAGAAUCAACAAAUUGGAGUCCGUGAAGGAUGUGGAACAGAAACGAGCUGGACAGUAUUUCUUUUUGGAGGAUUAAUUAUGGUGGAAGUCUUUUUUUUUGAGAUCGUUUAAUUCUAUUUAUAAUAUUUUAUAUAAAUGUAAUAGGAACGCCAUCUAUUAUGUGAAAAUAAAAUACGCGAGCUUUUUUUAUUUUAUUAAAGUGUAAUUAUUGUUUGUCAAUAAAACUGGACGGUUUUUCACAUUGG